CCACCACGACCAACAGCAUUCAUCCCUCUACGGCCCGGACCCGUCAGCAUAUACCCCAGUCACCCAGCAAGAGAUUCCUCUAUCAGCAGUCAGAGUACUCUUGCACAUCCCUAGCCGUCCGUUGUCGACGUCAAGGCAACCUCGUUGCCCCUCAUUCCUCAGAAGCGUUCAAACAGCGGCUCCAGUGAAGGGGCCAGGCCUCAAAUCAAGCGUACAAAACAGUCUGAAAUGUCCUCAGAGGACGAUUUCAUGCUGGAAGAUGACAUGUCCGAUAUUGAAUUCGAUGAUAGCAUGGAUGAAGUGUUCAGCGAUGUAGACGACUUUGGUGCUGUCAUUGCCGAGAAAGACAAGUUGAAACCGUACGAAGUGGAACACAAGUCGCUCUCAGUCGACGACAUUCGCAGAGUGCAGACGGUGCGGGUGCAGCAAGUAUCCGCAGUUCUCGGCCUUCCUGACGAACAAGUUGCGACUCUCUUACGUCAUUUCAAGUGGAACAGGGAAAAGCUUCUGGAACGAUAUAUGGAUGAUCCCGAUAGUGCUGUCAAAGCUGCCGGUAUCACAACGGAAGACUCCGCGCCGCCCAAGCUGGAAGUUGUCCCAGGCUUUAUGUGUGAUAUCUGCUGCAACGACGAUGAGGGCAUGGAUACUUAUGCUCUUCCGUGUCAGCAUCGGUUCUGCAAGGAUUGCUACGAAUAUUACUUGACGCAGAAGAUCAAGGAUGAGGGGGAAUCGCGGAAGAUUCAAUGCCCGGGAGAAAAGUGCAACGUGGUCAUGGAUGAGAAGACUGUGAAACUCAUCGUUCGGGAUGAUGUUUAUCAACGUUACGUUACGCUCCUCGACCGUACCUAUGUGGACGACAAUGAACACAUCAAGUGGUGUCCUGCACCAAAUUGUGAGAACGCGGUCGAGUGCGCUGCGUCUCUGAAGCAACUUCAAACCGUUGUUCCGACCGUUACCUGCGCCGCCGGCCAUGAGUUUUGCUUCGGUUGUUCGCUAGCCGACCAUCAACCCUGCAUGUGCGCAUUGGUAAAAAGAUGGCUGAAGAAAUGCGAGGAUGACUCGGAAACUGCGAAUUGGCUUUCGGCAAAUACCAAGGAAUGUCUGAAAUGUCAGUCGACGAUCGAGAAGAACGGUGGAUGCAACCACAUGACUUGCCGGAAGUGCAAGUAUGAAUUCUGCUGGGUGUGCAUGGGGCCUUGGGCCGAGCAUGGUACGAGCUGGUACAACUGCAAUCGAUAUGAGGAGAAAAACAGUAUCAAUGCACGAGAUGCUCAAGCGAAGUCUCGUGCUUCUUUGGAACGCUAUCUCCAUUACUACAAUCGUUUUGCGAAUCACGAACAGUCUGCGAAGCUCGAUCGUGAACUGUAUAACCGGACCGAGAAGAAGAUGGCUCAGUUGCAAGCGAACUCGGAGUUGUCUUGGAUUGAAGUGCAGUUCUUGAAGGCGGCUGUGGAUGUUCUUGUUCAGGCAAGACAGACGUUGAAGUGGACGUACGCAUUCGCCUUCUACUUGCAGAGGAACAAUGUUACCGAGAUCUUCGAGGACAAUCAGAGGGAUUUGGAAAUGGCUGUUGAGAACCUCAGUCACCUCUGUGAACAGCCCAUCGACCCGAAGGAAUUGUCGACGUUGAAGCAGAAUAUCUUGGAUAAGACUGUUUAUGUGAACACGAGGAAGGAGGUGCUGCUCUCAGACACUGCGAAGGGCCUUAAGGAAGAACGCUGGACGUACAACGUUGAGGUUUGA